GACGGUCUCCGGCUGCGCCACUCCCUCCCGCCACGGCAUCUUGAGGUUCCCGCCUUCCACUUCCAUCCUCGUUCACCUUUUGUCAUCGAUCCAUCGUCUUAUCUGACUUGGUUAUUACAACUAACCGACUCCAUCAUACAAUUUCCGAACCUGCCUGCCCAUCGGAUUCGCUUGCAACAAAGUCUACUUAUUCUACCUACGGAAACAACAAAGUGUUUGAUUAUUUGACUUUCCGGAGAGCAUCAUCACUCACAUCAGAAGAGAAACCCAACGCCCGCGCUCGUCUAUCGCCAGACACCUCGAACCAUAGUAGUCAUGGUGUCAGUAGACCGUCAGCGCAUCAUCGAGACCAACCGGUCUCUGCGUCUCAUUAAAAAUGAACUAGAAUCCCUCCUCGAGAAGGGCAUCAUAACAGACGACGCCUUUGACAGCAUCACCUCCCUCCUCCCCGCUGAAGCCAGUCUUUCCAGCACAUCCUCCACCCCCGUCCCAGCCCCGCGUGCUGCUCCCGCACACGCCGUCGCUGCUGCUCCAGCCGCCCAACCUCAUGCUACCACCACCGGCGGCGGCGUCAGCUCCAUCGCCGCGCGCUUCCAACAGAACCCUCCUCCAGCCGUCACCUCCGCCGCCAAUGCCUUCUCCAACCUCUCGCUAAACAACAACAAUAACAAUAACCCUUCCCCAGCCCCAACUCCGGCCGCGGCACCCCCUUCAUAUUCCCAAUCAACCAACAACACCACCGUACCCCCCUUGCCAGGCCGCUCCCAACCACCAACACCCGCCGUAGCACCCCCCACAAAGCCGGUCAUAGCUCACUGCAAAGCCCUGUACAAAUACGACGCCUCCGACGCGCGCGACUGCUCCUUCGACAAAGGCGACAAGAUCCAAGUCUACGAGUACAUGAAUGCCGACUGGUGGAUGGGGCGGUGCGUCCGUACAGGGCAGGAGGGUAUCUUUCCCAAGAGUUAUGUGGAGGUGGAGGCGGCGCCUGUGCAGAGUACGAAUGCGUGGGAGGGUCCACACAACGAGAAGGCUGGAGGAUAUCCGGGAGCUGGGGGUUACGGGGCGGGUGGUCCUGGGUAUGGACAGCCGGCGGGUAUGUACGGCGGGGGAGGAUAUGUGGCGCCCCCUCCGGGACCACCGCCGGCUGGACAGGGACAGGUCUAUGAUCCUAACGCUCCACCGCAGGGGGAGAAGGAAGAGAACAAGUUUGAGAAGCAUGGGAAGAGUAUUGGAAAGAAGUUUGGUAAUGCAGCGGUCUUUGGAGCGGGUGCUACGAUGGGUGCCAAUUUGGUUAAUUCCAUCUUCUAA